AUGUCUUCUUCCACAGCUACUCGACCUAACACCAGAGACAGUGAACAACGCGACAUUCAUUUCAUUCUCAAGGUCUGGAGUCUAGGGUCCGUUGACAAUCGCGACGACGUGAUCCACAAAUCUCCUGGCUCGGGAGUUGUUAACCAAAUGGAUAUUAUUGAAACGACAGUUGAAAGGAUCAUUUCUAAAAAAGGAGCAGUAUCCCAAGUUUAUAAGGCUCAUGAUAAGCGACGAGGAAUAGACCUAGCAAUUAAGAAAAUUCAUCAUGAUGAUUGCAAGAAAAAAUCCCUAGAGGUAAAGAUUCUAGAAUCACUUCGUGGCUGCCCAAAUAUCAUCCAAUUACUUGGAUCGAUAGAUGCUAGAUUUGUAGAACCUCUGCUAUUCUAUCGAGCCAAAGAUCGAGUAGGUCAAUUGGCGGCGAUAAUAAAGAUAGUGGGGAUAGAAAGCAUUAUGAAUUACGUCCAAUUGAAUAACAUUAGAAUUGACACCAAAUUGGAGGCGCAAAUAUCACUCUACGAUCGUGAAUACCACCAGUGUGCCAAUGAUGCUUAUAAAGAAGCUGACGAUUUGAUGUGUAAAUUGAUGACUGUUGAUCCGUUCAGACGCAUUACAGCUAGGCAAGUCUUUUCUCAUCCUUUCUUAAAGAAAUUCCAUUACGAUGAAGAGGUGGAUGCUAGAUUAGCCAGUAAAUUUAAUGCGGAUUGCAGCCUUUCCAUGAAUAAACUCGACAACAAUCUAGCUCACUUUGAUUGCAAAUUUGUCGCAUGUGUCGGGGAAGGCUCAUUCGGUCAAGUUCACAGAGUUCGAACCGAUACAGAGUGGAAAACCCUGGCAGUAAAGAUCAUGAAGCAAAAUAAUCUCUCAAAAUUCCACCAAGAAUGUGAAAUCCUGGAGAAGCUUCGAGACGCACCAAAUGUAAUCAAAUUUUUUGGCACAGUCACUGGAGUAAGUUCCAUAUGA